AUGAACCACAUAACUUCCAGAGGAGAAAUAGGAAUACUAACGAUACUAGCUUAUCCGAUUUUGAAGGUAUAUCAGGCGAUUCUGAAUCUAGCAACCAGGUUAAUUUUUUUAGGAAGAGCUCUAGAACAAGACGUGGGAGGAGGAGAAGAAAGACUGAGCAGGAAAGCAACGUUGCCAGUAGCAGCCGAGUCCAGGAAUAGGUACCCGGGGAGGAACAGGCAGCAGAUCUCGAGUAAGACGUUAACGUCAGCGCAAGUAAGUGUGUUGAAGAGAGGGUUUGGGUUUGUGCCUACUUACUCUGGGGAUAAAUUGGAGACCGAUAUUGAGAUGGAGCGUUUUUUUCGGAUUAUUCGUUUAAAAGGAUUUUUUCAUUUGCAGGGUUUUCAGAUGGAUCAGGAUCAACAGAGAGUGGAAGCUGAAUCCACUAAGUACGAUUGUACGAGAUGUAGACCAAAGAGUAGAUUUCUCCCGCCCCUGACUAAUGCAAGUAUCAAAACUUUUGUUAAAUCCUGUCAGAUGGAUAUCGAUAGGAUACAAUGGAAAAAGAAAUAUAAAUCUAAUUUAAGCAAGAGCGAAUUGCUGACGCUACGUGUAUUGAAGGAGGAUCUUUCUCUCUCUAUUCGGCCCGCCGACAAAGGUGGCGCCUUGGUGGUUAUGGACACUCAGAAGUACCUAGUGGAAAUGGAUCAGCAGCUGACGAAUGUGCAUCACUAUAGGAUCCUUGAUGAUGACCCGGCAG